UUUAAUCACUCGCUGAUUGGUCAGCAGGUAACACGUGUCAAGGUCAAUUGUGAAGUCAACAUGGCGGCGUCCUUACAACUUUCUGGAAGAGUGGCACUUGUUACUGGGGGUGGAAGUGGCAUUGGACGUGCCGUGUGCGAGCUGUUUGCCAGAAAUGGGGCAAGUGUGGUCGCCGCUGAUAUCAAUCUUGAAGGUGCCAAAACUACCGUACAGAAACUGGAAGCUAGCAGUGAACUGCCGUCCGGUCCUCAGUCACAUCAUGCGUUCGCCUUGGAUGUCUCGGACAAAGUAGCAGUCAGGAGCCUAGUGAAGAAUGUGACAGAGUUGUACAAGCAGCCUGCGAGCGUGUUGGUGAACUCGGCAGGAAUAACGAUGGACAAAAUGAUGGUCAAGAUGGAUGAGGACAAAUUUGACAAAGUCAUUGACGUCAAUCUCAAGGGAACUUUCCUUGUUACGCAGGCUGUCAGCCAAGCUAUGAUUGCCCACAAAACUACAGACGGGUCUAUCAUCAAUUUUGCAAGUAUAGUGGGAAAGCAUGGUAAUGUGGGCCAGUGCAACUAUGCAGCAUCCAAGGCUGGGGUGGUGGCUUUCACUAAAACCACAGCUAAGGAACUAGCAAGGUAUGGUGUAAGAUGCAACGCUAUCCUGCCUGGUUUUAUUCAAACACCGAUGACAGCUGUAAUGCCAGAGCAUCUCUACAAUGUGAUUAAAGAGUUCAUCCCCUUGAAGAGGGAGGGUCAACCCUCGGAGGUAGCUGAGGUCUGCUUGUUCCUGGCUUCAAACAGGAGUAGCUACAUGACUGGAGCCGAAGUAGAAGUUUCAGGUGGGUUGGAGAUUUGAUAAACACUCGUCAGCUGUGGAGUCAUCAAUGAGUUGUACAUGUACAUCUCAACAGCCCAUAGAGAUGCAAUGUCACAGUAAAAUCUGCAGGAUGAACCAAGAAAUUCUAGUUGCUGAUUGGUCUUGAUUUGGAGGUUAGGCCGUGUCUGAAACAUGCCUCCAGAGCUAUGUGUAUGCAUUUUGUCAACACGUUCCCACAAAGUUGAAAUUGGCAAAGGCCCUGACAGUAGCUCUCGACAAGAAAUUUGGACGUGGCCUUGGGCCUUGUUUACAUCUGUGCUCUAUAAAUCAGUAAAGUGGUCAAUGAAUGUAUGUUAUUCCCCACAGAUUGUUGUUGCUUCGUGCAAAAAUGAUAUGCUAAGCAUGGGUAGGUAUUGUGGGCCUGGCAGCUCUGUUCUGAUAAUCGACAGUUUGAUCCCAGAGGGAACAAUGACUUAUUGUUGUUGCUGUUGGAUUAUGUGUGAUUCUGUCCGUCUCAGCUGGGUGUCUAGUAGUGGUGUGCAUUCACGGGUAGUUAGGGAACUGGGUACACUAUUGAGGUAAAACAUCGUUGCCCAUAAAAGAGGGUCUUAUCAAAACCUGCAACCUGGUAAAUUUCGACCAUUGUCAGGAACUCUAGUCCUUAACACAACUUAACUGUGACUAUUAGCGGUGUCUGAAGGGCAUCGUAGCUUUACGGUGUAAACUGCAAGUUGCGUGGGCGUCAUCUGUCAUGCCUUAACAUUUUCUAUGUAGCCUGGUUUUCAUUUUGAGUCUGAGAAGUUAGUAAGUAUUUGUAAAGUUGCUUACGGGUACCCGUGAUCCCAUUAUCUGACAUCAGCGGUCCAUUACUCGGUUCUGAUGCACACCCUUAGUAUCUAGAGCAAACAAAAUCUGAAUGAGGUUCAAUAGAGUCAAGGUGUAUGUUAGACUCGCAACUGGUGAUGUUUUCUCUGGCUGCUGAAAAUAAAGAAGAGGACUACUGAAAUCUGUCUAUUAAUUAAUAGAACUUGACAACAUGCCAAAUUUUAUUUAGUAUUCAUGAUCACAAUGUGCCAAUGACUGAAGUAAAUUCUAGUCACAGUUCAUUAAUUACCGUGUGCACAGGCCAGUGCAGUGAUACAAAAUAUGGCAGAGAAACUCACUACAGUCGACUCUUUUUAGUACAAACACUGUUAAUACAAAUUCUGGUCAUAACAAACAUUAAGCCUUAGUCCCGACUGUGCAUUUAUGUGCACAUUGAAUGGGACUUACAUGUAUGUUCCUCUGAAUACAAAAUUCUGAUAUGGCAAACACUUUGGCUACGUCCGGCCGCGUUUGUAUUAACGAGAGUCGACUGUAUUACACAGGCCUGGUGUUCAAAUCGUGGUCAAUUCAUCCUGCAAUCGCUCCAUCAUUCACAUUUUUUUCAGUCUUUUCUUGGAUAAUUUUUUUUUUUUUUUUUUUAAUGUGUCAGAUUAAAUGACUGAAGAGUCAUUUGCAAGAAUAGGCAAACUUUCCCACCAUCAGAUACAGUAACAAGCUGAAAUGCAUUGCAAUCUUUUGAUCUCAUAUGAUACACAAUUUGUGAGAACAUGGUGUUGUGCAUAAAACUGGACAAGUUCUUAUAUUUACACAUCGUUACAUUGCGGACAUUCCAAUAACUGGGCACUAGCGUGCUAAUUUCAAACAUUUUGUCCCAAACAAAGAGAGACACAUUUUGUUUUUGGUUCAUGAUGUUGCACUUAGUUGAGUGGCAACCCCAGUAACAUUCAAGUUUUGUCCGUCUUUUCAUGUCCAUGCAUACUUUUUAUUCUUAGUCCACGUAGAUUCGAAGUAGAUUGAAUAAUUAAUGCAGUGCAUUUUGAAGUCUGCAUAUAGUGCUAUAUACAAGUACAGAUAAUACAAGCAUUAACUGCAUGUCCGAUCAGUCACGUCAUGGUCCAUAGUUUUUUGUCCACCUUUGACAAUAGCACCCGGAUGUCCAAAAUGUCACGAACCAUGCAAACAGUGUCAUCAAUAUCGUUCACUUUAGAAAUGUCCAAUUCACAAUGCAACACGUUGUUGUCAUUUAUGUACAGGUUAACAGUAGGUAGUUGUACUUCUUAUUUACAACAUUUGCAAAAAAGGUUUUUGGCCCAAUAGCAUAAAAAAUGCUCUUUCAUUCAUCCAGCCAGUUUGAUAUAUUUUACACAAUAGUGUUCAUAAAAUGAAUAUCAAAAUAAUUAAAUAUACUCUUAUUUUACAUUGGACUAAACAAAACAACUAUUUUUUAAAAUUAAAAAGGCAUUAAAUUAAAUAAUCAAAAUGCAGAAUUAAGUUUUAAUUAUGCGAAGUGUAAUCUACAGCAAAGCAAUUACAUAACCCAUGCAUUUUUCUGAUUAUGUAAACUAUGAAUGUAGGUGAAACAAUUUAAUUGUAAGCAGCAAGUAUGCUGCUUACAUAAUUUGGAUUAGUUAUAAUAACGCAUUUUAACAUCAGCAAAAAAGUUUACAGCGUAUCAGUCAUCAGACGUGAAAAAGUAAAACCCAGGAAAUUAAUUGCACAAAAUGAAAAAGCCAAUGAAAAUAAGAAUACUGUAAAUUGUGAAGAAGUUAAGGGCAUUUUCUAUUUACAUAAUAAUACAAGGUCUUUGAUAACACUGACGAGAAAGCGGAUAUAAUUGUAUAAAAUUCUGAAAUGUUGGCCACUUUACAAAAUUAAAUUUAAUAAGAAUUGAAAGACGACCACUGGGCCCAUUGUGUGAAAUAUUCUUGUAAAAAUUCAACUUGAACCAAUGAUGUAAA